CAACUGACAAGCGGCAUUGCGUUAUCUUUUUCAUAAUCCGAGGCAUUCGCAUUGCAGAGGAAUUCACGCGCUGUCGUGCUGCAGUAGCUCGCGGUGCACGCGCACGUAAUAUCACGCGAUGGCUCCUAAGAAAAAGGGACCCUUCUACUUUCUCAUGCGAGAGCUUCAGAACGAGCGUAGGGAACGCAACCUGCCGUGUACACUAGACGCUGUCCGAGAAGAAGCGGGCGAAAGGUGGAAGUCGUUGACAGAAGAGGAAAAAGCUUAUUACGAGUCGAUGGCGAACGACUUCAAAGAACGGGAAAAGGGAUCACUGGAAAACAAAUUCACCUCUGAUGGGCGUAGCAUUGCCAGUGUCCUGAAAGAAGAGGAUGAACGGGUACGACAACGUAGAGAUAUGAUAGACAGCAUUCAUAGAUACGUCGAUGAUAUUGGAACAGUGGAUGAAAUAAAGAAGUUUCCGUUUUACAUCGUGUCGACUAACAUCCUCUGUGAAGCCAACGGAAUAUAUUACCCAUUAGAAAUUGGCCUCAUCGAAUAUUCUAUAGAACAAGGCUUUAUCAGAGCCUAUCACAGGUUCAUCGACCCAGGACCCAUACCACUUGGUUUUGCCAGCGCUGCAAAAGACCACAGCGAGAACACGCAUGGAAUCCCCAUUACGGGUUUUGAAGAAGGUACGACAGACUACCGGGCCGUUGUGCGUGACCUGAUGGCCUACCUCCGGCUCUCCCUGGACGAUCCAGCUCUGCCGCCACUCUUCUGCAUGCUGGACCACAUGCCACAGGCCGACGGCUGCUUGCGGUGGCUCGAAAGACAAGCGAGGUGCGAGCUGGACUUCCCCAUCUGGGACAUCCUGCCACUUCUGCGUAAGCUGCGAAAUGUGGUUGGAGAAGAGAUCUCGCAUGCAGAGGCAGAGAACAUCCUGAACUCGGCAUUGUUCGACUACGAACUCAAGUCUCUGUGUCCCUACCACCUGGACAUCGACAACAAGAACUGUGCCUUGGGAGAGUGCCGGAGGCUUGGCUACAAAAUGUCCAAUGCCCUGCUGCAUGCCUACCGGAUCGAACGGUGCAUUGACUACCAGCACCUGCCGCCUAGGUUUGAUCCAUCCCUCAGCUUUGAAGUGUCGCAGAUGAACCUGAGGCCAGCUCGAGCAGGCAUGUCGUCGCGGCGGCCCGUUGGCGGCAGUGGAGAUCCCGGCUCAUACAACCGGUCCGGCUACUCGGGGGGUGGACCUCUCCAGAGGGAGUCCAGGCGAGUGGAGGACUACUACGGCGAGCACAUGGGCCCACGGGUGGUUCCAAAUGCGCAGCCAGGACCUUCCAUGGCUGUGCACACGUUGCACCGAGAUAAACUGCGCUUUGUUUGCAAUCGUGAAUGA